UCUCUAAGCUGCGUCCUGCGCUUCUGCCACUAGGGGGCAGCUGAGAGUCAGCGCUCGUGUCCCGCGAGAACAGGCGGGCCGUUGCCAGGGUAACGCGGAGGACGCUCAUCUCCGCCGGCAGACCGGAGCCGACGGCCCGAUGUCGCGGAUCAGCACGUGGAGACGAAGCCCGAGCGACGCCGCCAGCUGGCACCAGGACGAGGCGCUGCGUGCCACCAUCUUCCUGCUGCGGGAGCUCGGGCCCACGCGCUUCGUGCUGCGGGAGGAGGGAGAGAGCCGGAGCGUGACGGUGAGCCUUGGGGACCCCCACACCUGCAGCUGCUCCGUCUUCCAGCGAGAGAGGGACCUCUGCAAACACGUCUGCUGGGUUCUGCUCAAGAAGUUUCAGCUUCCCCGAGGGCACGACUACGCCUUCCAGCUGGGCCUCGUGGAGCGGGAGAUCAGCCAGUUGCUGCUGGGGGCUCACCGAGCGAGGACCCCAAGGGUGACACCCGAGAGUUCUGAACAAAAGCCCGGAGGGGACGGCCUGCUGCAGAAGAAGAAGAUCGACCCCGAGGACGUGUGCCCCGUGUGCCAGGAGGUCCUCCUACAGAAGCGGCUGCCCGUCUCGUACUGCAGGUACGGCUGUGGGAACAGCGUCCACAUCACGUGCAUGAAGGUGUGGGCCGAGCACCAGGCCACAGCGGACCGCGAUGCCAUGGUGAAGUGCCCGCUGUGCCGUGAAGACUUCGCCCCCUUGAAGCUUCUGCUGGAGGAAGUUCGGAAUUCAAGCAAACUGAUGAGCCGAGCGGAGAAAGAGAGACAGGACCGCCACCUGGGAAUCGUAUGCCAAGGCUGCCAGGGGUGCCCUGUGGUUGGCAAGUGCUUCAGGUGUACAGCCUGCAGCGGGUACUAUCUGUGUGAGCCCUGCUUCCAGAAGCGCUGCCACCCUCCACACAGCUUUACCUACCGGCUGAAGAGAAACCAGCAGUGGACAUUUGUGGACGCUGACCCUGAGUGCCAUGGUCUGACCACCAGCCCACCUGAGAGUGUGGUGACGCCAGAGCAGGUGGUGCAGGCCUUGCCCCAGAUGAAGGUGGCAGCAAGCAGCAAACUCCUGGAGCCCGGGUGGCAGUGCCGAUUGUGCCUGAAUGCCUUCUGCGUGGGCCAGCGUGUCCGGCGGCUGCCGUGCAACCACAAGUUUCACACGAGUUGCAUCGACCAGUGGCUGACCAGCACAUCCAGCUCAUGCCCCUUGGACGGUCAGGAGGUCUGCACACUCCCGACGUGGGCACAGCCAAACAAUAGAGAGAAGGGCCGGGUACAGCAGGACUUGUUUGUGCCAGGCCGAGGACUACUGCUGGGCAGCCCGGCAGGCGGUCAGCGGGCCUCAAAGCGGUUGGUAAAGCCCAGGGAGAUGGCAGGGCAGGGCCAUGCAGGACAGGAGGGACUGUGCCAGGGGCUCCGAGGCGUGGCGCUUUGUGUCGAAGUGCUGCCCCCGGGCAGGAGACACAGCAGGGAGUGCAGGCAGUGAGGUGAUCAGUGACGGGCGGGCACCUUAGCUCAGCCCACCCUGUUGACCCCGGACAGAUACAGUAGGCAGUACCCACUAGGCGUGCCUUCCUCUUUAUUAGUAGCAUGGGCCUCAUGCCAGCUCUGCCAUCAGGUGUGACUCGUGGCUCAGCAGUGCCCGGUAGAGGUCCCGGGCCGCCUGACAGUUGUUGGCAUAGCGCACCAUCUCCCUGACUUUGUUCUCGGCCGUGCGCUGGGCUCUGAUGUCUGAGAUGGCCUCUGAGCUGAAACUGGCAGCGCCCAACUCAUCUAUGAUGGCCUCCACAUUCUUCACCCUUUGUGCCAGCUGGGGAAGGCGCAGCCGCAGGAACUCAAGCUCAUCCAGGGCACCUGCGACACAAAAAAAAAGCAGAGCUGAGUUGGCCAGACACCUGACGGUCACCCGCACCGUGCCCACCAUGCCACCCUCACCUUCUUCGGAGGAGACCACCUGGGGUCGAGGGCCUGGCCAGUCACCAAUCAUGAUGGGCAUGUCGAUGGUGCCACCCACUGCUGUCAGCAUUGGUGCCACCGCAUUGCUUCCUCUGAAUGCCUGCACUGUGAAGCGGGAGCCCUGCUGUGCAUCCUGGGACAUCUGAGGAGGACCUGAGGGACAGAUGGGGGACAAGGUGACAAGGGGCAGGGUGGGCCACCAACAUCAAAUAAAAAGCAUAACAUAGA